GGCGGCGCGCCCGGCCGUGUCUGCGAGGCUGGCCCCGGGUCCCGCGGGCGGCGGCGGGGUUGCAGCGUCAGACGUCGCCGGGGCAGCGCCUCCGCCUUGGGUUAGGGCUGGGCAGUGGCCGUGGGGCCCGCCGCGCGUCGCCGUCGCUUGCUCAGGCCUAGGUCCCUGGCCGCGUCCACCGCUGCCCCGGCGCUGACGCGGCUCACCUUUGGAACUUCCCGGUUCUUCGGAAAGGCUUUGCUGGACUCGCGCCAGUGGCCCGUUGAGUGCUCGUGUUUCCCAGAGUCCCUCCGUGGCAGGGGCUUCGGGACCCCAGUGUCAGGGCGCCUCCCGCAGUGUCGGAUAUGGAUCCGAAACUUCCAAAGUUGGUAGAAGAGCUCACCACUUCAGGAGAACCUCAGCUGCAUCCUGAGAAAAUGAAAGAACUGAAGAAGAUCUGCAAGUCUUCAGAGGAGCAGCUCAGCCAUGCCUACCGCCUGCUGAUGACCCAGCUGAGUCAGGACCAUGCCGAGAUCCGCCUCUCUGCUUUCCAAAUUGUGGAUGAGCUCUUCGCCAGGUCUCACCAGUUCAGGAUGCUGCUCGUUUCCGACUUCCAGGAAUUUCUGGAGCUCACACUUGGGAUGGACCUUGAACAGCCCCUGCCACCUCCCAAGGAGGCAGCCCAGAGGCUGAAGCAGGCAGCCAUGCGCGCUGUGGAAGGGUGGAAUCAGCGCUUCGGUGAGGCCUAUAAGAAGCUAGCCUUGGGCUACCACUUCCUGAGAUACACCAAAAAGGUAGACUUCCAGGAUGUAAAUGCCAGGACUUUGGCAGAAAGAAAGCGGGAAGAGGAAAAGCAGAAGCACUUGGACAGAAUCUACGGAGAGAGAGCCGAGCAGGCUGCAAGGGAGAUGGAAGAGAUGUCUGAGGAGAUCAGCUGCUGUCUCACAGAAGUGGACAACUGCUUCAGGCUGCUCGUGCCCUUGGACCUCAGCCCAAGCCACAGGGCAUCUGCAGGGGAGGUCUCUCAUGCCUCAGGCCCUGCUUGGGCUGGUGGCUCCAACCCCUGGGAUGAGGAGCAGCCAUGCUGCAGCCGAGACCUGCCUGCUUCUGCACACCACCCAGGAGCUGCUGGCAGUGGAGAGGGGCUGCCUCAGGUAGUGCUGGGGGAUCCCUCAGAGGAGGAGGACGAUGACAGCGACCUGGAGGAGUUUGUGCGGAGCCAUGGACUUGGCUCACACAAGUACACGCUGGCUGUGGAGCUGUCCUCAGACAGUCUGAAGGUACAGGAAAACGAAGACAACCUUGCUGUCCUCCAUGCUGCCCGAGAUGCACUCAAGCUGAUCCAGAACAAGUUCCUUCCGGCCGUGAGCUCCUGGGUGCAGCGAUUUACCCGAGUUACGGCCCAUGGUGGACACCUAAAGCGUGCCAUUGACCUGAAAACAGAAUUGGAGCUCAUGCUGCAGAAGUACAAGGAACUCAACAUCGAGGCCGACAGCAGGCAGUGCCAGAUUUUGCCAAGGGACAGGGAUGACGAGGAGGAUGAGGACUUUGUCGAAGUCCCGGAGAAGGAGGGGUAUGAGCCCCACAUCCCCAGCCACCUUCGGGCUGAGUAUGGGCUGGAGCUGGAGGCCCUGCCGCAGACCCUGGAGAAAGACGCGGUUGCAAGCGUUGCUCAGGCGCGGAGAACACAGAGGGAGGAGGAGGUGUCAGACCCCACCUCUGCUGCUGCUCAGCUGUGUCGGCUGCAGGGCUGCCGGCCCCCUGCCCCACCCUCUCCUGCCAGGGCUCCACUGAAGCCUGAAGAGGCCCAGAAGCUGGCUGCAGAGCGAGCCCGGGCACCUGUUGUGCCUUUUGGCGUGGACCUGUGCUACUGGGGCCAGGAACAACAGGUGGCUGGGAAGAUCUUCAAAGCCGACUCCGAGCACCGCUUCUGGAAGCCCAGCGAGGUGGAGGGGGAGGUGGACAGUGCGGACGUCUGUGAACUGCUCCGGAGCCGCCGCAUCACCUUCGCAGGGAAGUUUGAACCCGUGCAGCACCGCUGCCGAGCCCCAAGGCCCGAUGGCCGGCUCUGUGAGCGUCAGGACCGGCUGAAGUGCCCUUUCCAUGGGAAGAUCAUUCCUAGAGACGACGCGGGACAGCCCCUUGACCCAGAGGACAGGAUCCGAGAGCAGCAGCGGCGGUGGCAGCAGCCAAAGUGCCCAGACUGGCAGGACCCCGAGUUCAUGAAGGAUGUGGAGGUGGCCACAGGGGUGGACCUCGGCUCAGCCCGGUGCAGUGGGAAGGGCAAGGAGAAGAGAAGAAAGUACCCAAAGCUCACAGAUGUGCGGGCACAGGCCAGCACCUCACGGGCCCGCCUCAAGAAGAAGAUCUUCUCCAAGGCGGCGGUGCAGAGGGUGGCUGCUGCUAUGAACCACGUGGACCAGAAGAAGCACGAGAAGUUCACAAACCAGUUCAACUAUGCGCUGAACUAGUGCUGGC